AUGAAGACUUCGUCCAGACCCCGAGAAAUCGUAGUGGCUCAUGCCAGUAAACGUGAGCAUGCUGCACGUAUAUCUAUCAGCGAUAUGAAUCAUCACGUUACGGAAGCAAUCGGUGACCUCUAUGGCGAUGACGACUACACGAAUCGAGAUUCUCAAUCUGCCACAACUGAAAACAUAGAACAGAAUGAGGCAUCAAGCCUUGAGGAGUCAUACUUAGAUAAAAGAAAUUCAUGGACAAGAUCUAUAGUGAAUGGAAAAGGGUUACCGCUAAGAUCGAUCGCUUCUCCAAUAACAAAUACAAUGCAACGAAACUCUUUUGAUGCAAAGAAUCUACCUCAAACUCUCUCAUUACGAGAGGAACCACCAAGUACUCAAUUUCCUCUCAAUGAUAUCGAUUAUGAAUCAGAUCCUGCUGAAGUAGCACAAGCACUGUCAAAUUUGCAAGCCCUCCGGCGGCUAUCGAUGGAUGUCGGCAGUACAAAUGAUCCUGACCUACCGUCUUUUCAAAGCGCCUCUAUGAUGCCUUCGAUUGCACCAACUGGAAAUGAUAAUGGUGAUGAUCCCUCCCGACUAUUUUGGGUGCCAGCUAGAGUGCACCCGGAACUAGCACCAAUGGAAUUCAAGACUUUUCUAGAAAAUCGAGUUCAGUCUAUCAAGCGGCAGCCUGGUGAACAAAGAUCUUCCACAGAUAUGUUUAAUCGGACAGGAACUUCCGAAGGCUCUCUACAAAGAAAAAAAUCGAUGUUAUCCAGGCAGGUCAGCAGUAAAAUUGAGCAAGAUUUCAAUGACGAAAUAGGAACCCCCGGACAAGUUUAUAGAAAAAGUUCGCUUUCUCAGUCCAUAUCAGAGCCUAAAGGUAUCGACUUGAAUGAAAUAGAUGCCUUAGUUAGGGAUCCCUCAAAAGUAAUGAUGAAGUUGACUCUUGAUACAAAGAAUAUUGAAGGUGCUGGAGAUUAUGAAGAUACUCCUAUAUUACCUCAAGCACCUGAAAUUGGAUUACGGAGAUCGACAAGAACGACUUAUCGGAGAGGUAGUUUGAGAAAAGGAGAGCGGGUUCCUUCUUCCAAACGAGUUGGCACUCUGAAAACAAACACUGACGGUGAAACUUACUCCAUGCAGAAUGAAGGAAACAAAUCCCCGGCUCAUAUUGAGCCAUUGGAACCCGAUAAUUUUUCUCAUCCAACUCGUGUAAUUCGGCGGUUACAGAGUCUAUCUAAUUCUACGCCAGUAACACCAACUGAUGGCUAUGAAACAGACAGCUCUAUAAUAAAGGAUGGUCUGAUAUUAAACCCAAGUACCAAGAGCACAAACAGCAUUGAAUCCUCUCAAAAAACUAGAUCGGGCUAUAGUUUAAGUGCUACAGACUCGUGUACCGAUUUGCCUCAAAGAAAUUACACAGUCCAUACAGAAAAAAAAUUUAUACCAGAAAUAAUCGAGACCCCUCCACUAGAACUUCAAACUUAUCAAACGACAGAAGGUCACACAGGGCUGUAUCAAGAUGUAUCUUCCAGACAGACCCAGACCGCAUCUCAAGCAAUCAAAGCUACAUGUGAGCCUGUCACUCACCAAUCUAAGCGUCCAAAUAGUCCAAAUUCUCAAGUACCGCAAAUGAAAGUGGUAUCUUCACCAUCAACAAACGAGGUAUUAUCUCAGGACCCAUCCCAAUUAAGCAAUGGUGCCAAGACUGAGACAUCUUCAACAACACCAAAUGUCGAGGCCAAGAAGAAUGACAAAAAGUUAAAGAAAGACAAGGAUGAAACUGAAAGCUUGAUAUCAAGAAAACCAACUUGGAAUUGGUUCAAGGGUAGUGAUGAACGAGAGAGAAAAGAAAAGAAGAAAGAGGAAGAUAGAGAAGGUAAAAAGAGUAAGAAGGUUUAUGCUGAAAAAUCCCACGAUACUGCCAGACUAGACGUAUUACAAUCCACCUUAGACACCGGAGCCUUCAAACCUCGAGAAAGUAUAUUUCUCGAUCGGGAAAGUGUAGAGGUCAAGCCUCUAGAGGAUAAAAGGAAGGAAAACCGCAAAGCUAGCGGCGAGAAGAAAGAAAAAGAUAGUAUAUUUUCAUCUAUUUUUGGUGGAAGCAAAAGAAGAGGUGAACGUGAUGCCAGUGGGAAAAAAGGCACUUCACUUCGAACUCUAUCACCAGAGCCGCCUCUACGGCAACUUAAACCUGACGUCGAUUAUAAUUGGACCCGAUUCUCUAUUCUUGAAGAGCGAGCUAUUUACCGGAUGGCUCAUAUAAAAUUAGCCAAUCCUCGACGAGCGCUUUACAGUCAGGUGCUCUUGAGUAACUUCAUGUAUUCUUACCUUGCGAAGGUACAACAAAUGCAUCCUCACAUGCAGAUACCUCAGUCAGCUCUACAGAAGAAGCAGGAGCUAGAGCGACGACAGAAGGAACAGGAGCAACAAUCGGCGCAACAUUAUUCUGAAAAUGGCCAGUAUCGCUAUGAUUAUCAUCAGGGUAUCGCGCAAUACGCUGAAGGUGAUCAUACUAAUGAAAAGUCUGAAAGAGUUAAUUACGUUGAUGAUUCACAAAUCUACGAUUAUGAUCAUCAAGAAGGCAAUGCUAAUCAGAGGCAAGACUUUCACCGACCUGAAUCCCGAGCCUCACAACAUACAGCGGAGACAUUGUACGAAAACCAAGAUCAAUACGGGCGACGAGAUGAUGAAUACUACCAAUUUAGCGAUCAGCAUGACGACAUAGAUGAGAGCGAUAUGUGGUAA